UUUUGCUCCGGUAUCUUUUAUCAAAUUUUCUCUCCUUUGGGUCCCUUCUAUUUUCGAUGGCCGCCGUCUGUCAUUGAUUAUCCGGAGAAAGCAAUCCGAUUGAGCUUUAUUCUUUUCCUUUGUUUUCCCUCAUGCUUUUGUUGGGAUUCUGUGCGCCUCAACGCUGAAGUGAAAUGUUGGUUGUUUUAUGCGUCUCUUAAAAGUGAUUGUUUGUCUUGGUAUGCAAGCAGAAUAGUGGAGAACUAAAAGCAAUCUCCCACUGUAGAUCACAACUAUGUCUAUCACUAAGAUCUUCAUUGUGUACUAUUCCUUGCAUGGACAUGUAGAGACCAUGGCCCGAGAAAUUCAGCGAGGAGCUAAUGAAGUUCAGGGUGCUGAAGCAACACUUUGGCAGGUACCCGAAACACUUUCUGAUAAGAUACUGCAAAAGAUGAAGGCCCCUUCCAAGCCAACGGAUGUGCCAGAGAUCAGGCCAGAACAACUUUUGGAGGCUGACGGUUUUUUGUUCGGGUUUCCUUCUCGUUUUGGUGUAAUGGCUGCUCAAUGCAAGGCCUUCUUUGAUGCCACUCAUGAACUAUGGGGAAGACAAGCACUUGCUGGCAAACCCGCUGGAAUAUUCUGGAGUACUGGAUUUCAUGGGGGAGGCCAGGAGCUUACUGCAUUAACAGCCGUGACGCAGUUGGCGCAUCAUGGCAUGAUAUUUGUCCCUCUUGGAUACACCUUUGGAAGUGGCAUGUUUGAGAUGAAGGAGGUGAAGGGUGGCUCUCCCUAUGGUGCUGGGACAUAUGCUGCAGACGGAUCUCGUCAGCCCACGGAGCUCGAACUGGAACAGGCUUUUCACCAGGGCAAAUAUGUCGCUGAAAUUGCGAAAAAGCUCAAACACCAACUCCCUUCGGCCUAAGAAAAUGCAUUUCAAGAUGAUUAAGUCUGACACAGUCCCCUGUAAAGUGAGAAAAAAAAAGGUCUUGCAAAUGUAAUCGAUCCCAUACUAUAAACUACUGAUGAAACACUUUUCUUUGCUAAGACAAGAAUGAAAUACUUGACGCAAUGGGACAGGAGUCUCUUUGCAUUAGUACUUUCCAUUCAAAGGUCGGUUUCAUAAAUAAAUAAAAAGAUGAAACAUGACUAUGGUAAGCUUAGUAGCUUACCAAGGACACUAUUUUUUGUCAGAACAAAAAACUUAGCCAGGACUGCAUAAUUGA